UAAGCGGUGGAUCCAAUUACCCCCAUCAAUUUUAACUUUUACGAAAAGAUCAUUAGCCACACGAAUAAUUAACCCUUUGGAAAAAGGAGGUAAGUUUUUUUAAACAGAGGUAAACAAAAAAAUUGAUGAAAAACACUACCGAUCCCCAGUUACCAUUUCCCUCUCCCUUCCCUGUCCAAAUCGAUCCUCUAAACACUACUGCUCCUCUAUAGUCUAUAUAUCACCCCAAAACGAAUCAGACUCCCCAAAAAACACACAACCAAUCAACCAAAACAAAAAAAAAAAGCUCUCCUCUGCCUCUUCUUCCUCCAGUCGGCUCCCCGGACCAUCUCCGACCACCCAGAUCCAGUUCCCAGAAAUGGGUCACUCGGCCAACGGCAACGGCAGCGGCCCACUCAAGUUCCUCAUCUACGGCCGCACCGGCUGGAUCGGCGGCCUCCUGGGCAAAAUCUGCGAGUCUCAGGGCAUCGAUUACACCUACGGCUCCGGCAGGCUCGAGAACCGCACCUCCCUCGAGAACGACAUCGCCACCAUCAAGCCCACCCACGUCUUCAAUGCCGCCGGCGUCACCGGCCGCCCCAACGUCGACUGGUGCGAAUCCCACAAGGUCGAGACCAUCAGGACCAAUGUGGUCGGCACUCUGACGCUUGCCGAUGUCUGCCGGGACAAGGGCCUUGUCAUGAUUAAUUACGCCACCGGCUGUAUCUUCGAGUACGACGACAAGCACCCUCUUGGGUCGGGUAUUGGGUUCAAGGAAGAGGACACUCCUAAUUUCACCGGAUCUUACUACUCUAAGACCAAAGCUAUGGUGGAAGAUCUUCUCAAGAACUACGAGAACGUCUGCACAUUGCGAGUUAGAAUGCCGAUCUCAUCUGAUCUAAACAACCCCCGUAACUUCAUCACGAAGAUCGCUAGGUACGAGAAGGUGGUGAACAUUCCAAAUUCAAUGACCAUCUUGGACGAACUUCUCCCCAUCUCCAUUGAGAUGGCCAAGAGAAACCUCACCGGCAUAUGGAACUUCACCAACCCCGGAGUGGUGAGCCACAACGAGAUCUUGGAAAUGUACCGAGACUACAUCAACCCCAACUUCACGUGGAAGAACUUCAACCUCGAGGAGCAGGCCAAGGUGAUUGUCGCGCCCAGGAGCAACAACGAGAUGGACGGUGCGAAGUUGAAGAAGGAAUUCCCGGAAUUGUUGUCGAUUAAGGAGUCCCUUAUCAAGUACGUGUUCAAGCCGAACCAGAAGACCACUGCUGCUUGAUGAUCUCUGUCUGUAAAAGCCCCUGUAGCGCUUGAAUUGAAGGGACACACAGUCUGCUGUUUGCCCUUUUUACUUGUUUCUUUUUGCUGCCUGGUUUAUGUGUUGCUGAUUAAUUCUCCCUCUGCUGGUUUGCAUUAUCUCUAUCCAGGGGUGUAGAGAAACUUCUGUCGAAAUGAAAUUUGCAUUGUUGUGGCAUCUAUUUAUAACUGAAAAACGGAUGUUGUAUUUGUAAACUCUGUAUGAAUAAAAGAAAAGUCAGUCU